GGAUGUUACAGUAGGAUAAGAAAAUGUAGUUGUCUUGUGAAUUCAACUUUGUUUAUUAUAUGGAUAAGUGAAAGCGAUAGCAACAGUGAUAGUGAUCGAUACUGACAGUGAUAGUCGUGUAUAGUGAUAGAAUUUGUGUAAUCAAAAUUUGAUUUCUAAAUCUUUUUGUGGAACAUUAGCUGGAUUUUGAAGAGAGUGCAUCGAAAAGUGAGUGCUAAUUUCUGCAUUACAAUUAAAUCACGUCAUGGAUCAAUCAAGUGUUACUCAUUACAGCACUAAUGCAAUUACAAAGUGAGGUGUGUUUUAAGAAAAAGGAAAUGAAAACUGCAACCCUAAAAAUAUUAAUUGAUCUCAUCUUUCGUUGACAUACGAAAGAAAUCUUUUCGUACAUUUAUAGUGAUUCGUGAUCAAUGACAUUUAUUAAAGUAGCAAGUUCGUUGAACCAAAUGAAAUUCUGAUUACUUUCUUUGCAUAUCCCAACAAAAUUUCGUCGAUCGAGUAAACCUCGAAACUUCGUCUCCAAAUCCGAACAAAUCAUUCGAAUCGCGCUGCAACAAAACCCUCGGACACCCAAGAUACUUGCAAAAACCAGGAACACGAAUUCAACUCGCUAACAAGCGCGCAGCAGCAAUAGCGUCCGUCAGUCCGUCAGGCUGGUUCCGUCGAGAGGAAGAGCCACGAAAACAAUAGCCGACAAAAAGGCUCUCGCCUUCGUCGGGCAAGAUAAGCGUCGCGGCGUUUAAUCGGCAGCCAAUCGGACCGGGGGGUGUACCGCUGACAGACCAAUGGUCGUCGAGCCGUUAUCAAGCCUCGUCGACACUCAUAUAACAGAUCGCGAGUCCUGGCGAGUCCAGUACAGAGGGUCGGAAGCGAGUACGGAGCGGGGACCGACGGUAGUUCGCGGCGUUUACAUUCGUUCCUCUUUGGCCGCGAGUCCGGUGUCCUCUUUUUCCGCGUCGAUCAUCCGCGAGACCAGGCCGCUCUCCUUCGUCGACGCCGUUGUCCGCGAGCGAGAGACACCCGCGAGCACACCGAACCGAACUGUGCGAAGGAAGGCCAAACGCGAUCGUACCUAUUCGUAACUGGUGCGCGGCGCCGUUUCGUAUCAGUCGGUCCGCUGAUCGUCGCGCUAUUCAGCCGCGCGAGCGAGCCAGGCCCGCUUGAAUCGGCCGGCUAACUUCGCAGCCAGCCAGCUGACUUCCUCGCCUUCUUCGAGUUCUCCGUCCUCCAGCGACCACCGGACACUGCCGCCGGUUCACGCCGCCAUGAUCGCCACCACCCCCGCAGCAGCAGAUCGCAACCAACGAGCCACGAUGCAACUCGGACGAGCGAUCCUUGUUUUGGCCGCGAUCGCCUUGACCGGUGCCGCCUCGAUCGGACGUGUCAACAACAAGGCCAGGGACUGCAAUAGCCCGAUCUAUUGCAAGGGUCCUUUGCUACAAACGGUGCAGCUCGCCGGGAUCUUUCCUGAUAGCAAAACCUUCGUCGAUCUUCGUCAGAUACACGAUCCUGAAGAAACCCUCGCCAACUUCAACAACCUGAUGAAUGCAACAAACAACAUGCCGUCUCGGAGCCAGGUAGAACAAUACGUGAAGGAGAACUUCGCCGAUACGAGCGAGCUUCUCAAUUCGACGUUGCCCGACUGGAAGGAGAGCCCGUCGAUUCUGAAGCGUGUACAGGACCCGAAGUAUCGGCAAUGGUUGUCGAGUCUGAACGGCAUUUGGAAGAAUUUGGCGAAGAAGAUGGCCGACGACGUGGCCGCGAACCCGCAGAAGCACAGCUUGAUCUACGUCAAUAACACUUUCGUAGUUCCCGGAGGAAGGUUCAAAGAGUUCUACUACUGGGACAGUUACUGGGUGAUCGAAGGGCUGCUAUUAUCGGACAUGCAUCAGACUGCCAAAGGGAUGAUAGACAAUUUCUUGUACAUGGUGGAGAAAUAUGGAUUCAUACCCAACGGUGGUAGAAUUUAUUACCUCAUGAGGAGCCAGCCGCCGAUGUUACAUCUCAUGGUCUCGAGGUACUUGGAUUUCACGGGAGAUUACGAUUACCUGCAUUCGAUCAUAUCCACGUUGGAGAUGGAGUUCGCGUUCUGGCAGAACGAGAGGUUGACCAACGUGAGGAAGAACGGGAAGACCUACAAGAUGGCUCAUUACGUCGUGCGCAGCAACGGACCGAGGCCCGAGAGUUACAAGGAGGACUACGAGAUAGCGCAGCAGCUGCCCGCAAAUUCGCAGGAGUUCUUUUACAACAAUAUAAAAGCCGGCGCCGAAAGUGGCUGGGACUUUUCCAACAGGUGGUUUAAUGGAGAUACCGUAGGCGGAAAGCUCGGUUUAGUGAACAUCUCGACCGAGUAUAUUAUACCUGUCGACCUUAAUGCGAUUUUGCAACAAAACGCGCGACUCCUGGGUCAAUUUCAUAGGAUCCUCGGAAACUUCAGAAAAGCAGCGUCUUACGACAAGCUGGCGGCUCAAAUCCAACAAGCAAUCGACAACGUCCUAUGGAACGAAGAGAAAGGAGUCUGGCUGGACUACAACCUGAAGACUAAUCAGCCUAGAAACACAUUUUACCCGACGAACGUCGCGCCGCUGUACACGAUGAGCUACAAUCAGGCGCAACGCGAGGAAUACGCUUUAUCGGCGGUGAAAUAUCUGCAAUCGGAAGGCAUCAAUAGUUUCUUAGGUGGCACACCAUCGUCCCUACAUUACACGGGAGAACAAUGGGACUACCCGAACGCGUGGCCGCCAUUGCAAUCAUUUAUCAUAAUGGGUCUGUACAAGACUGGUGUACAAAAAGCAGUAUCUUUCGCCGAAUUGCUGGCCGACAGAUGGGUCAGCUCUAAUUACAUUGGUUUCGCGAACACUGGCCAGAUGUUUGAGAAGUACGACGCAAUUAUGCCUGGCCGAGGAGGCGGCGGCGGAGAAUACAACGUUCAGACGGGUUUCGGUUGGACGAACGGCGUGAUCUUCGAAAUCCUUGAUGUUUUCCCGCGGUUGCAGUACAACGCGUCCAAGCCGGAUGGGCCGGGAUAUGGACAGUAGCAGGUUUUAUUGACGGCAAUGCAGCGCGUAUUUUCCAACGAAUCUAGUCUAUACGGAAAAACAGGGCAGCGCGUUUUAUAAAACCCACCGUCGCGUCAAUUCGACGCGAGUCGAUCUAUAUUUUAAGGAAGUUACUGCGCCCCGAUGUGCCUGCAGAUUGUGAUCGUCCCUUCGGUGAAUCGGAAUUCUUGUCCGUGUUAUUAACAAGGUAUUCGUACUUUCAUCAAUUACGCGGAGAGUCCCAAUCAACGUGCACAAGAUGCUCCGAGGGGGUCUCUGAAAAUCGUGUCGGCUGUGUCAAGUAUCGAUCGUCUAUAGGCUGCGGAUCUUUAUGCAAAUUCCUAUUGUUGCAUCUAGUUUUACGAAAACCGAAGGCAAGGAAAAAUAUCUUCACUGUCGAACAGACUUUUCGUAGUCAAAAUAGGGUAGAAGCAUUAGCAAUUUUCAUGUAAUAUGUACCUUAGACAUUUUCACAUUGAAUGCACAAAGAUCUGUAGUUCAAUUAAAUUUUAUAUUAUAUAAUGUAAUAUAAUUAUAUCUUUACCGAAAUUAGUUCAAGGAGAGAGAUAUCCUGGAUUGACACAAUGAUGCACGUUAUACACCGCAAUACGGUUAAAAUGAAUCGUUUUCUCGGUUAACAUUGAUCCUAUUUAAUGGACGAAAUAUUCAUGUAAGAAUUAGUUGAACAAUAACUUAAUUUCUGACAAUCUAUUUAUAUAAUAUAUCGCAUAUCGACUAGAUUGUGGAUCUUUGUGCAAAGUAAAAAGUUUACUCGUCAAUUGCAACAGGCAGAGGUCACUCUUUUAUUUAGAAUGUUAAUAAUUAAUUUCACCAAUUGAUUUUUACGACAAAUAUGAAAUUGCAUCGAUAUGAAAACCAGUCGGUGAAUAAAUCGUGCUCGCUUAAUACGAGAGUAUAAAAAUGUAUUAAAAUCGAUGGCAUAAAAUUUGUAAAAUUGCAGUCUCACAAAAGAACGUUUCGAUUCGUGUACCGAAUAAUGAACGGAAAAAUGAUUAACAGAAUUGUUAAGUUCUAUGAUUGAAUCCAGUUUGGAAACGCUUGACGCAACAACCGGUCGGAAACCAUAAUUUAUGAAAGUAUUGAUGCGCCUGAAUAUGAAAUCGCUGAAGCUUCGUCCGCCUGUGUUUGCCAUAGUAGCAUAAGAGGCCCCAUAAUCGUCGACUCUACGAAUAAUCCACCUAGAAAUUUCGAAAUCCCUUCGUACGUUUUAUUGUUCGAGUACUUCUUAAUCAUAGUCGAGGAAUAUUCGGAUCGAGGUGCGUGUAUAGAUCGGGACUAUGCUCAACGAGUUCUGUCCUUCGAUCGAACUUAACCCUCUGCACUCGGCGCCAUUUUAAUUCUAAAUUCAAUAUCGUUUUUUUAACAUAAAGUAUUUUUAUUUUACACGACUCAUUGCAUUUUAUGCUAACAGGUUUGACGAUAUGAAAAUUAUUUUAAUGUAACAAUUUUUAGUCGCGUUCCAGAGUCAUCACUCGAGUUUUUUAUUUGAUACAACUUAUUGCGUUUUAUGCGUACAAAAUUAAGUCUUGCGACUCGUGCAACAAUUUCACUUUUAACAGUUUUCUAAACACAAACAGGUUUCACGAUGUGAAAAUUAUUUUAAUGUAACAAUUUUUAGUCGCGUUCCAGAGUCAUCGCUCGAGUUUUUUAUUUGAUACAACUUAUUGCAUUUUCCGCGUACGAAAUUGAGUAUUGCGACUCGUGCAACAAUUUCACUUUUAUCAGCUUUCUAAUUUAAUAUAACAAUUUUUAGCGGCGCUUCGUAGUCACCACUCGAGUGCAAAGGGUGAACACUGUACACGUCCUUGUACGACCAGCGUGCACAAAGUAUAAUUUUGCGUGUAACUCGUCAGUAUUCUAAUUUUAAUGCUAGUUGUUAAACGGUGUGUUAGUGCGACUAAGGAAGAGACUAGCAUACGUUUUCGGUCGUUUCGAGGGGAGAAUGACGCUGGCGACAAACCUUCGAUUAGGCUGAUGCAUCAUUUUUAUCGUGUGCUUGUUGACAACAAUGUUUCAGCAUGAAAUCGUUUUUGAACGAAUAUGUGAGAAUUCGAAAAGUUUCCAAGCUUACUAUGCAUUUAAAUAUAUUAGUGUUUAUCGAUGAAAAUGUUUGAAGAUUCAGACACAAUUUUUGUUCUGGUGGAAGUGAAAAUUGCUUCCCACUUAACAAAUCAAUCAAAACGGAUACUAAUUGUGUGAGUAUAUAAGAAUAUAUAUAAUCUUUUAUUUCUUUAUUCGUUAUUUAUUUAAAGUACUUGAAAGUCCACUUCAGACUUAAUCCAGCAAUAAAGUUCGAAAAUGAUAUUUAAUGAAAAUAUAAUUUUUAUAUUAAUUUACUUCGCGAUAAAAGCUUUGCAACGGCCCAACUAUUUGUUUAUCCGUGAUCACGUGCGUUCUCAAGGAAACGUAAACAAGUAUCAUUACCGGUGAUUCAGAAUGGAAAAGUGUUAGAGAGAAAAUAUUGUAAAGAAAGCGAUACAAAUAUAUAUAUAUAUAUAUUUAGUACGUAUAUUUUUAUUAUACUGUUGGAAUGAAUUUAAUAAGGAUAAUGAAAACAAACCGUGUGUGUAUUACAAUAAAGGAUAAUGUAUUUUAUCAGAAACAGAAA